GUGAGUUACCCRCGMAAGAUCGUGAGGGACAGCACGCACAAGGUGCUGCGAACGGUAUCCAUGGACAAGGACGUUCGCUUGGUUUAUACCAAGCGAAUACGUAUUGAUCAGGGCCUGACCACGUUGCCUUAUGGUUAUUAAAGGUCCAUAAAAGAAGGGGGACAUAAAGGGAGACGUGWUCRUCRKCAUGACUCAAAUCGCCGCAGGACGAAUCGGACGUUGGUUGGCCAAGAAAGCCGCCGCCAUCGUGUCGGGAAGCAACGAAGAAGAUCAGCCUGAUGGCGACAUCAGCAACAACCGCAUUGGGUGCGGACGUCAAGCACGCAUCCGAUGCUGCCUUUCGUCGUGCUGCGGGGGAUCCAUCGUCAUCCACGCGCAAAGGUCGAUCCGCCGCUGGAAAGACGAAAGGGAAGAAAGGAAAGAAGAGCAUCGGAGCCGCCGCCGCCACGGUGGCCAGCAAGAAGCAAGCUUCCAAAUGGUACAGUCGGUAUUUCGAAGUGGGGGCGAAACACCCCCAAGCCCUAGCGGGAACCUUCGCGUUUUUGUCCGACCCCGGCGACGUCUCCAAGGGACCUCAAGCGAAAGCCACGAAGAAGAAAUGGCUGGAAGCGCAGACGACACAUCAUAUUCAUCGCCCAGCACGGCGUAAUUAUCCUCGUCGUCCCUUUGUCGUGUUUUCCAUGGACGAGCAAUGGCAGAUGGAUUUGUCGGACAUGACGUGGGACAAACCGGCCAAUGAUGGGAUGGGGUGGAUCUUGUUCGUGGUCGACGUGCUGUCUCGGUACUGUUGGGUACGACCGCUGAAACGAAAGACAGGGGAAGAAACGGCGCGGGGCAUUCGCGAAAUCUUUGAGGAAGUGGCCCAAGACCCGGACAAGAAACAUACGUUGCCBCGUACCGUGUACGUAGACAAGGGGAGCGAGUUUUACAACAAGGACGUCAAAGACUUGUUUGCCGCCUGCCCCCUUCCGCCCAAGCUCAUGUCGGGAGARUCCACCACCAAGGCCGCCAUCGUAGAACGGUUGCAGCGAACGUUGAAAGGUCGGCUGUGGAAGUACUUCUAUGAAAACGGGACCCGACGGUGGGUGGACGUGAUUGGUCCGUUGGUCGAGUCGUACAACCAUCAGCGCCACGGCACGUUAAAGCAAUCGCCGGCCUCGGUUCAUCGUGGGAACGAAGGGGAGGUGUGGAAAAAAUUGUAUGGGGAGUACGGCCCCGAACGAGGAGCGCGACAAAAGCUCAAGGGGCCUUACGAGUUUAAUGUGGGCGACGUGGUCCGGAUCAGUCGUCAAACCACGAUCUUCGACAAGGGCUACUUGCCUCAGUGGUCGGAAGAAUGGUUUAAGAUUCGAGCCCGCGAUCCAGGCCCUCCCGCGUGCUACCGCUUGAUGGACUACGACGGCGAGGAUAUAUUAAAGGGCACGUUUUACAAAGAGGAGCUGCUCAAGGUCGAAGAVGAAGAAAUAAAGCACAUGCGUUAUCGCAUUGAGAAGAUACUUCAACGCAGGACGGACCCCACUACAGGUCGUUCCCAAGUGCUGGUGAAAUAUCAAGGGUGGCCUGAAAAGUACGCCAAUUGGAUCGACGAACGCCAAGUCGAAGACUUGGGCCCCAAAAAGAAACCAUGAGGUUGGAACGCAAACCGUUUAUCUACUGGUUCAACAGCAAGCCCGAUCCCGAGUACCCCCAAACCAACGACAACACCGCCUCGGAAUUCGUGGUCCAGCUGCCCAUAGGAUGGCACUUGCCGGGCGUGUGGUCGGUGGAAAUCCAAGCCAUUAUGACGCCGGAAACCACACAGACCAAAGGAGACUUGCUGCUGUACACGAAUCUCAUUCGCUACGAGAUCGUGGGCCACGAUUACUUUCCGCUGAUCGAGCGCAUUACCACGUCUUCCGCUCAAUCCAUCCGCUACCAAGAAUCCAAGCAUCCCUUCCGUCGUCGUGUGAACCGCAGUUACCUAGAGAGCGUAGGAUUUAAAUUGGCCGACACCAAGGGUCGCCCACCAGUCUGGCUGAAAGACAGACCUACUAAGGACACCACCCUUUGCCUUCUCUUCACGCCUCAAGUCGACGAGUACGAUUCUUCCUCCAUGAGCUUGACGCUUCUGUCCAACCAAUCCAAACCUCGCUUUCCUUCCAACCGACCAGGAAAUUUUACAGGCGAACUACCCGCAUCUCAAAGAAUGAGUGAUCAAUGGAGAGUAGGAAUGACCAAGGUGACGCUGCCGCCCGUUGCCAGCACGUCCAAGUCCACGCAAUGGACCUUUAGACUGGAUGCAGGAGGCUACCUGAAAAGCAAGCUGCCUCCUGGGGCUCAGCACACGUUUACCCUAGACAAUGUUAACAGCUCUCAAGAUUUGUGUGCUCAAUUCAAGAGAGGCGUGGAUGUCGUGUUUGACAGUUGGUUUCCACAAACGCAAGAAAAGCCAUCCAAUGGGGGCGUUGGAGGAAGGGGCGACGGAGCUGGGAUCGGAGGAAUGCAAUUGAACCAAACGGCCACGUGGGUGGACGACUCCUCGGGCAAGGAUGUGUUGAUUGCGAUCGACCUCGAAGGCAGGAAGAGCUUGGACGACCUAUGGGAUCGAUUUUCUGCCAAUGGAAUCACCAUGGGUUCCGACCAGACCAAAACCAAGUGGGACUUCACGUCACGUCAUAGCGUGCUGGUAGGCCCCAACGCUCCAACCAAUAACGAGGUCAUGCAACGGUUGGGGUUUUGGACUCGGGAUGCUAACAUUGCUAUACCUGGAACGCUUCAACAAGACGGCACGACUCAAUGGCAUUCCUUCCUUUCUCCCUUUGUCAAUGACUUUAAGCAAGAUCAUUCCUACGUGUAUCUUGUUCAGACCAGCCUUGAACUGAGCACGUUCAACCGCUUUUACUUGAAGAUGGGAUUCUUUGAGCGUCUAGGAACCCUAGAUGAUCCCAUGGAUCCUACGGGACCAACGAGUACGACCGUCACGCCCAGCGAGUUGUACCUGACCAUGCCCAAGGGGUUCUAGGACUUGCUGAACUUUAACAAUGGAUCGAGUGCCGGACUGGAAUAUGAAAGCGUGGAUGCCGCCGUCAUGGGUCAAGGCGAAUUUGUCAGGAUCACGUGCAAGGAAGGAUGGAGGCCUUCAGGUCAUGUCGAGUCCGAUCAGAAGACCAAUACGGAGCCGCAAUCCAAUCGCGUGGCUCGUAUCAAGGGGUAUCAGUAUACUCAGCUUCGAGGCAACCAGGACGUCAUUGGUCCUCAAAGUGGUCCCUACGCUAUUGACGUGGUUACCAACACCAAGGCCGUUCCCAAGAAUGCGUACGUGACCUGCAGUCUAGUCCACAAUCAACAUGUCGGCGAUCAGAACAUCCCUCUCAUGGACGUGGUUCCCCUCUCGUCCGUGUCCAUGGGUGCUGCAGCCGAACCCAAGGAAUACGUGUUCGAACCCCAACACGUUAAAUACUACCCCCUCUCCAAGAAUGCGUACCAGACCGUGGCCUUUGCCGUACAAGACGAAGCAGGACAAGAGCUUCCCUUCCUCAAUUCAGGAGUGACCACCGUAUCGUUGGAUUUCAAGAAAGGACCAUGAACAUUCCCAUCUACGUCCCCCAAGAAGGAGGCGGUAACAUUCCCGUCUAUACCCCUCGACAAGCCGGAGGAGGACUAAGCAUUGGACGGUUGGGGCGUGGGGCCAUGCAAUACGUUCUACCGAAGAUUAAUGCUGUAAAAGACGCUGCCGUGGACCGAGGAGGCAAAGCGUUGGCUAACGUGGCCUCGGAGGUACUGGAAGGUAAAGAUUUGAAAGAAGCCCUCAAAGACGAAGCGACCGAAGCUCGAGUUGACUUGAAACGAAAGAUAGACGCCGAAGCCAGCAAAGUGGGAAGCGUCAAGAAAAGCAUCAAGAGUUCUGGAUCCAAGUACGCCAAAUCUACCCUAAACGCUUUGUUCGACUAGGAAAACAUGAAUCAAGCCCGACUGAUUACUGAGAAUGGCGUAUUCAAGCGCAUCAGCGAAGAGCGGUAUACCAAGUACAUUACGUACCGUAUGACCCAUGGACCUCAACAAGGCAUACGGACUAAAGAAAGAGACAUUGUAAAAGCUUACGAUAUUUUUGUCAAGAUGUACGAUGGACGCAUCGCUAUGGUUGUAGAUUAAAGAAAAGUAAAAGAAGACACGGUGUGUUCGUUUCAUUGAUUUUUCUUUAUUUCACGACUAGGGGAGUAUGACUUGGGGAAAGGGUUCGUUGGAAUCUUUCAAGUCUUCAGGGAAGGGGUCCAACGACAGUCGGUACUCGUCGGGCGUGGAUUGAUCAAAGUCCAUGAUGAGCGGACGGAACGGUCGCGUGUUGGCUUCCUCCAACGCGCGGUUCAACCACUUGGCUUGACCCGGAAACGCUUGGCGCGCCAAGGCUUGCAGCUGAGACUUGUCUCGAGGAUUGCGAAACAGCACGAUGCGGUGGGCGUUGAGGGAGGCGGUUCGCAUGUGGGCGGGAAACACGUUUUGCAUGAGCACGACCAAACUCACGUCCAUGUGAUGGGUUCCCUUGGUAAACCACUUGGCAAUUUGACGAUGAUCCGAUUCCAUUUCCCCCAUCAGGUCGUCCGCGAUCAGCAGUCCUGGGGUUCGCUUGAAUAGGGCAUAGGGGUCGUCGGGCAAUCCUUUGACCCACUUAACCUCGUCUCCAAAUUCUUUUUUCAUGUUGUCGUACUCGUCUUGCCAUAUGCUGUACAAGUACACCACGUACUUAAUGGGGKGAUCGAACUUCCACGUCCGAUGACGAAUCAUCUUGCGGAUGAACCGCGUCUUGCCACUCUUGGAGGGUCCGGCCACGACGAUGUUGCACGGAUGCUGCCAUCGGAUUCAGGACGGCUGAUUCUGUCACUCUGGUAGCGGCAAAUGGGGGUAUAAAGAAAGUCUCGGGCUGCAUCUAACUAAGCAGUUYGUUAGGAGUAUUCGAAAUCCAAAUAAUCAAUGAGUCACGUCUGUGUGAUGUUAUUUUCUAACUCAUCUCUCACAAGGGGCAACCAAUUAAGCAAGGCCUAAAGUUUGAUGACAUUGGAUGCUCAAAAGUUUGCGAGAUGCUGAUGGCAGAAGAACAUGAACAAAUCAGCCCAAAACKGCUCAAACGAGUUGAAAACAGCAUGCCAAACUCAACRCAAGCAAGCUAGCUACAGUAGUCCAUUAACUUUGGUGGGUUGUUGGUGAUGUUAUCUGAUAUAAACUAAGAACACUUAAUGGAGCAGCRUUGGUGCUGUGGCUAGAUUUACUGACUUUGAUGUGGAAGGUUGGGGUUCAAUUCCCUGCUGAGGCACAUUAAAAUCAAGGUAUAAAAAACCUGGCUUUCUACAUUGUACAUUAUUGUGCACUAAAAUCCCUCAGAUGACCACAUUAAAAAGCAGAAGUUCCUGUCUCUGUAAAAAAAUAGGGGACAUUAAUUAAAGUGCCACUACAAUCAAAUUGCAAUGUCUCCAAUUUCUACUAUUUACACACGUUCAAGUACUAUACGGUUCUUCAAUAUAGAUUUCAGUAUGUUUCUGAGAGUAUUUGAUUAAUGUCAUUCAAACCCUAAUYGAAGUAUGCUUGUACUCAAACCAAGAAACAUGAAAAUGCAAAAACGGUGGUUGCUUUAAUGGCAACUAACUGGUUCCCAGGCCCCAAACAAUGUUUCUUGCUUUUAAGCAACUGCCUUGGUUUUUUUUAACUUGAGCAGAAAGCGUUUGGAUACAGUUUUGACCACGACUGAUAUUUUAACCUAGCCUUAGUCCAUCUCUCUCGUACAGGUAAAAAUGUCAAAAACUUGAAUUUCGGGUAUGGGUGGCCUGGAACCCAGGCUGUUGCUAUGGUGACUGAUCUAUAUACAUAAUUUUGAAGACCAGCUACAAUGCUAUAAGACUACUAACUUUGGUUGAAAUUGGUUCAUUUUAAGUCUAGGCUGGCCAAGUAUUGAGGAUUUGAUCAUAGUGGCACUUUACAUUGUAAAAAACCACUGAGAACACAAUGAAUCCUGGCUGUGACCAUUCUCAGCCAUGAAUCCACUUUUUGA